UACCCAAGGGAGCGUCACCAAAUUCCAAUCCCAGCGUCAGCCCAGGGACCCGCUGACAAGUUCUUCUCACCAAGCCGUCUCCUUUGUCUCCCCCCCCAUCAAUCAGUAAAGUGGGGACAGCCCGGCGCCGCUGCAGCUCAUUGUGGGGGGGGACAGGCAAUGGAAUAGACAGCUGCAUUUCCCGGCAUGCUCAGUGACCCCUCCGGAGAGCUGAUGCUCAGGCGAACAGGAGCAGGGGAGUGAUCAGCAGGAAUUCCCGGACCCAUCACCCCGAUCUCCAGGAGACCCCCCAGCCCUCCACUCCUGCAGCCAUGCCUCUCUUCACCACCAACCCCUUCGAUCCAGAUGUUGAGAAAGCAACAAGCGAGUUGAACACGGCUGAAGACUGGGGUCUUAUCCUGGACCUGUGUGAUAAGGUUGGGCACUCCCGCACAGGGCCCAAAGAUUGCCUGCGCUCCAUUAUGAGGAGAGUGAACCAUAAAGACCCGCAUGUGGCAAUGCAGGCACUAACACUACUAGGUGCCUGUGUAUCCAACUGUGGGAAGAUCUUUCACUUAGAAGUGUGUUCCCGGGACUUUGCAAGUGAAGUUAGCAGUGUAUUAAACAAGGGGCACCCUAAAGUCUGUGAAAAGUUAAAAGCACUAAUGGUAGAAUGGGCAGACGAAUUCAAGAACGACCCACAGCUUAGUCUAAUCGCCGCUAUGAUCAAGAAUCUCAAGGAGCAAGGCGUCACCUUUCCGGCUAUUGGAUCCCAGGCAGCAGAGCAAGCUAAAGCCAGCCCUGCUCUAGUGACUAAGGACCCAGGAACGGUGGCUAUAAAGAAAGAGGAAGAGGACCUAGCCAAAGCCAUUGAACUGUCAUUAAAAGAGCAGAAGCAGCCAAACACAGCGUCUAGUCUAUACCCAAGUACAAGCUUCCUGAGCAAUCACAAAUCAGAGGGAAGAAAAGUGCGAGCCAUUUAUGAUUUCGAAGCUGCAGAGGACAAUGAACUGACGUUUAAGGCUGGGGAAAUUGUUACUGUGUUGGAUGACAGCGACCCCAACUGGUGGAAGGGGGAGACUAAUGAAGGGAUGGGAUUAUUCCCUUCCAACUUCGUCACAGCAGACCUCACAGCAGAGCCGGAAAUGAUGAAGACAGAGAAGAAAACAGUUCAGUUCAGUGAUGAAGUGCAAGUGGAAACCAUAGAACCAGAGCCUGAGUCUGUCUAUAUUGAUGAGGAUAAAAUGGAUCACUUAUUGCAGAUGCUACAGAGCAUAGAUCCAGCUGAUGGUUUGCCAGACCCAGCAGAUCUCGUAUUAUUUUUAUUCUUUGUUUUAACUCUGUGUGUUUAUCCACCAGCUGCUUGUCACCAAAUGGGACCAUUGAUUGAUGAAAAACUUGAAGAUAUUGACAGGAAGCACUCUGAGUUGUCAGAAUUGAACGUGAAAGUCAUGGAGUCACUGUCCUUGUACACAAAAUUAAUGAACGAAGACCCCAUGUAUUCAAUGUAUGCCAAGAUGCAGAACCAGCAGUACUACAUGCCGCCUGCAGGGGCCGCUCCACAGCAGGCAUAUCAAGGACAACAUCCGAAUGCCACCUAUCUUGUCACCGGAAAUACACAGAUGGGCCAUAUUCAGACCUACCCAAUUCCUACAGAACAACUUCCUUCUCUAAGCCAAACAGCAGCUCCACAUCCUGCACCCUCCGAGCUGGCCAGCCAGUCUCCGCAAGCUUCCUAUAAAGCCACAGUGGUCGGUUCCAGUACAGCAAGCACAUACAUCAACCCAGCUGCUGGUUAUAGCGCGAACCCUGUCGCUGGAGAUCUCACUAUUUAUCAGACUGGUACCAGUAUGUCCCAGGUCCCACAUUACACACUACCCCCUGGAGCGCUAUCCCCACCUGCAGCCAGCCAAGAUCAACAACAGACUUACCAACAGAAAGCUCUUCUAUAGGUUCCCAGCCUCCUGGACUUUAUAUAUUAGCCCUAGCACCUAUAUAAUGCCUGUAAGUAAUGUGACCAAGUCCUUUGGUAAAGUGCACCUGUCACUUUGUAACAGAUCUAAUGCCUUUAAGGAAAGGUCAGGGGGUUAGGCCAUGUACUUCUUAGUACUGUAAAGGUUUUAGUAUAUUUUA